AUGUCGACCUUGUUCGUGAAUGCAACAAUCAUUACCGUCGAUGAUCUGAAAACGAUCUGGCUGGAUGGGGCUAUACUGAUCGAUGGAGAUCGCAUUGGCGCGAUUGGGAAAACAGCGACCUUGCUAUGUCAUCCUUCGCUGCGGGAUGACUGCAAGAUCGUGGAUUGUCAAGGAAAAAUCAUCCUUCCUGGUCUCAUCAAUACGCAUGCACAUCUUGGUCAAUCAAUUCUGCGAGGCCUGGCGGAGGAUGUCCCUCUUCACUCUUGGCUUUGCGACGCGAUCUGGCCGCUGGAGGCCAAUUAUGAAGACGAUGACGGUUAUAUUGCCAGUAAGAUGACCAUUGCCGAAAUGUUGAAGAGUGGUUCCACAUGCUUUCUUGAGGCGCUUCUCACCCCCGGGACUGGGUUCGAAAAUGCAGCCAGAGCAGUGGACGAGAUGGGAAUCCGAGGUUGCUUGGGCAAGCUUGUUAAAGUCGAAGAAUCGGAUAAGUUCGGCAUGAGAGACCCUCGAGAUCGGGAUAUCUCUAACAUGUCGAUUGAAGCCGCCCUGGCUGCUUAUGAAAAAUACCACGGCUCGUGCAGCGGGCGCCUUCACGUUUGGAUGGCGGCAGGCACUCCUCGAGGCACGGCUGAAUCGGCACAUAAAGCGAUCGGAGACGCCUGUUGUGAACAUGGAAUUGGUUUCACCAUGCACUGCGCUGAAGCGCCUAAGGAUUAUGUUAUCUACCGUGAAAGCUAUUUCUGCAGCCCGGUGGAGUUUUGCCAUAGGACAAACAUCAUUGGGAGGGGUCGGCAGACUGUGCUUGCCCAUAUGGUGAACCUUGAUCUCAGCAAAGAUCUUCCAUUAUUGCUCGAAAGUGGAGCUACUGUGGCGCACAACGCAACAAGUAACUGUAAGCUUGGUUCUGGUAUUGCUGCCAUACCUGAAAUGCUCAAGGCCAACAUCAAUGUCAGUCUUGGAACCGAUGGAGCGCCGUGUGCGAAUACCUACGACAUGAUCCAAGAGAUGCGGAUCGCUGCACUCAUUCACAAGGGCUCCAGACAAGAUGCAGCGGCAAUAACCGCAGAACAGAUUUUGACAAUGGCGACCAUAAACGGAGCCAAGGCACUGGGGCUGGACAAGGAAAUAGGGAGCCUCGAAGUGGGCAAGAAGGCAGACUUCGUGGUAAUAGAUCCCACCGGUUUGCACUGUGCACCGUUCGAUUCAAGCCAGAUAUUGGAGGGCGGUGUUGACCCAGUAACGACCAUUGUCUUUUCAUGCUCGGGGGCUGAUGUAGAUAAGGUCAUUGUCGAUGGUGAAGUGUUAGUGGACGGUGGGAGACUGGUCAGGCACGACGAGCACCAGAUUAGACAGGAGUCGCAAAGAGCGAUCAGGAGGAUUCGCAACAAGACUGAGAUCCGGACUCGGAUGGCACGAAACUAUUGCUAA